GACAGCCUGCCGCCUCGACUGCCCCGCGACGACGCUAGCAGCCGUUCCUGCACCCGACCCGUCGGCCACAGCCUCUGCAACCCAAGCCCUCAAGACGCUUGCAAGCGGCUCUCGAGCGCCGGAGCCUGCCUCAUUCAGCGCCUCGCUGGGACGUCGCGUCAGCCGUCCACCCUGUUGUCGUAAUGGUGAGGUUCCGAAGAUCCAUGAAAGGCGAGAAGGCAGACUCGAAGCCGCACCACAUAUCCAUCCCGCCAAAGGACGCCAUAGCUAUCGUGCCGCCCAAAAAGGUAAUCAAAGCGCUCUACGACUACCAAGCUCCCAGCCCCGACCCAGCCUCCGGCUACCUAUCCUUCUCCCAAGGCGACUUUUUGCACGUCGUCGGCCGCGAAAACGAUCCCGAUUGGUACGAGGCAUGCAAUCCACUGCACGGAUCGCGAGGACUAGUACCAGUGAAAUACUUUGAGCCGGUUGGAAAGACCGUCAGAGACAGUCGAGGAUCAGCCUCUGAGCUCGUCAACCUACCGAGCGCGGGACACGACUCUGGUUACGCCGAGCCAGCCUCUGACCCCAAACCCGUUCGCAUGUCAAAGUCAUCCAUGAAAGGAACCGGCGCCAUGGUUUACGGAGUUGUCAUGUACGAUUUCAAGGCCGAACGGCCCGACGAACUCGAGGCCAAGGAGGGAGAGGCCAUCAUCGUCAUUGCCCAAUCGAACCCGGAGUGGUUUGUCGCAAAGCCCAUCACGCGACUCGGAGGCCCCGGCCUGAUCCCCGUUUCCUUCAUCGAGAUUCGCGACAUGACGACCGGCCAGGCCGUGCCGGACGCAUACGAAGCCGUGCAACGAGCUGGCGUCCCGCGCGUCGAGGAGUGGAAAAAGAUGGCCGCAGAAUACAAGAAUGGCAGCAUCCCGCUUGGCAAACUGGAAACGAACUCGCAGCAAAGCCUGCAGCAAGGCAUGGAGAGAAUGAGCAUCAGGAGUGGUCGCGACAGCCGCGUUCACUCGCGCUCCGGGAGCGUCGCGCAACCCUAUGGGUACCCGCCGGAAGAGGACGGGAUGCUCCUCGCCCCUGUCAAUGCAACCGUUCCUCGUUACUGUUUCGCUGACGACAUUUUCUGGUUCAUUGUUGAAUGCCAAAUGGAGGACGGCCGAUACUGGGAACUUCAGCGCUUGUACCAGGCCUUUUACGACCUCCAGAUUGCGCUUAUCAAGGAGUUCCCGGCGGAAGCAGGCAAUGUCGAAGGUAUCGAGCGCUCGCUGCCGUAUAUGCCUGGUCCGGUUACCUACGUCACAGACAACAUCACCAACGGUCGGCGCGUAAACUUGGACGAGUACAUCAAGAACCUCUUGAGGCUGCCCCCGCACAUCUCUCGCUGCAAGCGCGUGUGCGAGUUCUUCCAACCCAAGGAUGGCGACUACGAGAUUGACCCCACAGUCACCGCAGACGGUUACAGGAACUCGGGGGCAUCGCAGCGCUCGGCCACUGACCACUCUGGCGGCGCGUCGCGGCAGUCCUCGAUCAGCAACCUGCAACACGCGCAUUCGCAUGGCCAGUCCAUUUCGCACUCACACCACUCUCACAGCCAAUCUCAAUCGAGCUACCACCACGCGCGCUCCGUAUCACAGGCGCAAUCCCUUCGCAGUCCCGCGCCGAUGCUACGCAACAACAGUCACAUGACGCAAGCUUCUCACGUAUCUGCCGGCAGCACGGCUACUGGCACCGGUGUCGGCGCGCACAAAAUCAAGGUCUGGUUCGAGGAAGACAACUGCGUCGUUAUUCGUAUGCCGGCGACUUUCCGUUUCUUGGACCUGUACCGCAAGUUGCAAGAAAGGCGCGCGCUGGAGAAGGGCGAAGAGGCAAGCGACGAGCCGUUGGGCAUUGAAUACAGAGAUGACGCGGACGGGGAGUUCUAUGGCAUCAGGAACGAUGAAGAUCUCGCAGAGGCAGUGGCCAGAACUCCGAAGCUGGUUUUGUGGGUGAACGGGCAAUAGACGGACCAAAUUGGAGGUAUAACGAUGGCUGCGUCCUUGCGCUGGACAGACGCCUGGAUGGGCGCGCGCUCCAGCAGUUGCUAGGCCUUUCUCGCCGUUCCCGCGAGAACUGGGCCUGUAGAGGGGA